CCCCGUCCCUCCCUGGCUCCCUCAGGCCCCGGAGCUGCCCGCUCCCCGCAUGGCCUCUGUCCGGGAGGACCCGAUUCUGGAACGUUAUUUUAAAGGCCACAAAGCUGCGAUCACUUCCGUGGACUUCAGCCCCAACAGCAAACAACUUGCCAGUGCCUCUUGGGACACCUUUCUUAUGCUGUGGAGUUUGAAGCCAAACACUAGAGCUUACAGAUAUGUGGGCCACAAGGACGUUGUGACCAGCGUGCAGUUUUCUCCACAAGGAAACUUAUUAGCCUCUGCUUCACGAGACAGAACUGAUAGGCUCUGGGUUCCUGAUAGGAGAGGGAAGUCCUCUGAGUUUAAGGGACACACGGCUCCAGUUUGCAGUGUGGCCUUCUCGGCUGAUGGCCAGCUUCUGGUUACAGCUUCUGAAGACAAAUCGAUCAAAGUAUGGAACAUGUUCCGCUGGCGCUUCCUCUACUCCCUGUGCCGGCACACACACUGGGUCCGCAGCGCCAAAUUCUCACCCGACGGGAGGUUAAUCGUGUCAUGUAGUGAGUAUAAAACCAUUAAAAUUUGGGAUACUGCCAGCAAGCAAUGUGUCAAUAACUUCUCGGAUUCUGGAGGGUUUGCAAAUUUUGUGGACUUUAACCCUAAUGGUACAUGCAUAGCUUCAGCGGGUUCUAAUCAUACGGUGAAAAUCUGGGAUAUAUGAGUGAACAAAUUACUCCAGCACUACCAAGUUCACAGCUGCAGUGUGAACUGUCUAUCAUUCCAUCCUUCGGGAAACAGCCUAGUCACGGCCUCUUCUGAUGGGACACUCAAGAUUCUGGAUCUCCGAGGAAGGCUCAUAUACACACUUCAAGGACAUACGGGUCCUGUCUUUACUGUUGCAUUUUCAAGGGAUGGAGAGCUGUUUACAUCAGGAGGUGCGGAUGCCCAGGUCUUACUAUGGAGGGCCAACUUCAGUCAGUUGCACUGCAAAGAUCCUAAUAAAAGAAACCUCAAAAGAUUGCAUUUCGAGUCCUCUCCACACCUUCUUGACAUCUACCCACGAUCACCGCAUCUCCAUGAAGAGAAGAAGGAGAUUAUUGAAAUUAAUCCAAAACUUGAGGUGAUGGAUUUGCAGAGUUCCUCUCCCCCUGUCGUGGAUGUCCUUUCUUUCGAUUCUACCACAACAACAGAUUCUGCUAGCCGAGCUGUACCAGAGAAGGGUGAAGACAUUUGUGGGUAUUUCCUGAACCCUUCCUUAAUACCAGAGCGCUCAGCAACCACUGUGAAAAAGAAAGCAGAAGACUUAAGUGACCUCCCCUUGGAGAGCCAAAGAAGCGUGCCGCUCGCUGUGACUGACGCUCUAGAGCACAUCAUGGAACAGCUCAACGUCUUGACACAGACUGUUUCAAUUCUGGAGCAGCGACUAACUUUGACAGAAGAUAAGCUGACAGGCUGCCUUGAGAAUCAGCAAAAGCUUUUCAAUGUCAUCCAGCAGAGAACUUGACUGAGAAAGUGUGUGAGCACAAACCAAUAAAGGAAGACCUAUUCAGACGCUCAGGCAGGUGUAGCCAAGGCGGUCCACCCCCACCAUGCACUCAUUACCACAGCUUCUUUGGAGGGCGAGCAACAGAACAAAAGGUUGAAGUCAUUUUUUAAGAACUAAUUUAAACACAUAAAUCAGUGUCAAGGAUCAAUUUAAGCUCCUCCCAGUUAUAAUUGCAGUAAUGAAAUUAUAAGCAUUUAAAU